AUGUCCGAUCUCUAUGCAGUCGCAGUGCUUACGAAGUUCUAUAGAUACAGUGAGCUCCUCGCAUCUCUUCAAAUAUCUUAUCAAGCCAACGACCUUCCCUCCGGAAGCGGAUAUGGAACUAACAUCGAAGGUCCAUGGUCCAAAGUGUCGCAGGCCAUCCACGACUGCCAUGCUGCAGUUCAUGCCAAAGGAGCCCAGAGAAUCGCCACCGAUAUCCGCAUUGGCACCCGCAUUGACCGAGAGAUUCCGUUUGGCGAAGGAAACGAUGGAAAGGUCAAGCGCGUCGAGCGCAUCCUGGCUCGAGAAAGGCAGAGAGAGGCAUAA